GUUUUGAGGGCCAAUCGCAUUUCUGGCGCUAUACCUCGUGGCAUUGGCUACUUGAAGAAGCUCAAAUACUUGGACCUGGCCUACAACCCCAUUUCAGGGAGUUUUCCCUCAACCAUGGGAUCCUUAAAAUCACUCGUGAUGCUCGACAUCAAGUCUGCAAAGCUCAACGACUCUCUGUCUCCCACGUUUGCAAAGCUCCAAGCGCUUGAGUUCAUCUCCUUGGCCAACAACCAGCUCUCCGGCUCGUUCCCCGCCUUCCUCACCAACCUCUCAUCUCUUGUCAUGAUCGACCUGUCUUCCAAUGGAAUCAACGGCUCCCUGCCCUCUUCAAUCGGAAACUUCUCCAAGCUCUAUAGCCUCGAUCUGACCAACAACAGCAUCAGCGGAAGCAUCCCAGAGUCCAUCGGCCUAUUAACUUACUUGGAUACCCUCUACCUUGCAGGAAACAAUCUGACAGGGUCUCUUCCUGCAUCCGUGUCACUGUUAACGAACCUCUAUGCCAUUGACCUGCGGCGCAACAACCUCUCAGGACCUCUGCCUUCUUCUGCUUUCAACUGGUCCAUGUCAGCACU